AUGGCAUUGACCGAUCUACCAGCAGAGGCGGUGGCCAAAGACGCAUCGCUCGCCUCUCGUCGCCUCGCGACGUUAUCCAAUGCUGACCGGAAUAACGCUCUGACAAUCCUUCACAACGCUCUGGCAAAUGAGGACAACCGACGAGUCAUCCUCGAUGCCAAUGCCAAAGAUAAGGAAGUUGCUGAGAAAGCUGCGGCGACUGGCAGUGGCCUGAGCGACAGUGUGAUCAAACGACUGGACUUGGCGCAUGGUGAAAAAUACAAUGACAUGCUCCGGGGAAUCUUGAGUGUGCGAGAUCUGGAUGAUCCUGUUGGAAAAGUGUCACUCCGAACCCUCCUCGACGACGGCCUGACCCUCGAAAGAGUCAGUUGCCCCAUCGGCGUUCUUCUCAUUAUUUUUGAGGCUCGACCGGAAGUCAUCGCCAACAUUGCCGCAUUGGCGAUCAAGUCGGGGAAUGCCGCUAUUUUGAAAGGUGGAAAGGAGUCCACGGAAUCAUUCAAGGCAAUCGCAACCGUCGUGACCGCUGCCAUCAAAGAAUCCCAAGUGGUGCCAGAAUCAUCAAUUCAACUGGUUCAGACACGCGAUGCAGUGUCUGCCCUGUUAGCCCAGGAUAAGUUGAUCGACCUGGUCAUUCCUCGAGGCUCGAACGAGCUCGUUCGGUUUGUGAAGGACAAUACGAAGAUCCCGGUAUUGGGACAUGCCGAUGGCCUCUGCUCAGCUUACAUCCACGCCGACGCCAACGUCGAGACGGCCGUCAAAGUGAUUGUGGACUCCAAGACGGAUUACCCAGCAGCAUGUAACUCAUUGGAGUCUCUCCUUGUUCAUGCUGACACCCUCAAGUCGAUCUUCCCCCAAGUCGCCGCUGCUCUGCUCGCCAAAGGUGUCACACUGCGUUGUGAUGACGUUUCCAAGGACGCUUUGACAGAAUGUUUGCCAAAGCCCUUGCUCGCCGAAAAAUCGUCGCACAUACAACUGGCCACGGCGGCCGACUAUGAAACCGAAUUUUUGAGUCUGCAGUUGGCAGUCAAGACAAUCCCUGCGUGCGAGUCCCAGGUUGCAGCCCUGCAGGCUGCCAUGGAUCACAUCAAUUUGCACUCUUCCAAGCACACGGAUCUCAUUUUGACCGAGUCGCAGGAGGUAGCGAAUAUUUUCACCAGUGGAAUCGACAGCGCGGGCGUUUUCUGGAAUGCUUCUACGAGGUUUGCCGAUGGGAUGCGAUUUGGAUUUGGCACAGAAGUUGGUAUCAGCACCAACAAGAUCCAUUCGCGUGGACCUGUCGGACUUGAGGGGCUGACCAUCUAUAAAUACCUAAUCCGGGGUAAUGGACACCGCGCAUCAGACUACGGUCAAGGUGGCCGGUCUUACCUCCAUACCAACCUGCUUUAG